ACCCAUCGUCAUCGCUACGCAAAUAUGGCGGCGUACAGCGUUAAAAUUUCCACGACGGCUCUGUAAUUGCUGUGUACUUCCUCUCGCAAGUUGCGUGUUCCUGACUUGAUUGCGUUGCUUGAUCAACAGCUGUAAAGAUGUCUUCAUUCGCAAAAGCAGCCAAGGCAGGCCAGAGGAUACACAAAGAGCGGCAGCAGCCGGAAGCCAGGCGUCACCUUGGUGUACUAGAGAAAAAGAAGGACUACAAGCUCCGAGCGAGGGACUACCAGAAUAAACAAAAGCGACUAAAACGACUACGGCAGAGAGCACUCACUAGGAAUCCGGAUGAAUUCUACUUUCACAUGGUCAACGCCAAACUCGAUGGAGGCGAGCACCACGACAGAGUGAAAGGUGAAGAGUUCACGCCGGCACAGCUAAAGCUUAUGCAGACACAAGAUGUCAACUACGUCACCACAAAGCGUGUGACCGAAGCAAAGAAAAUUGAAAGACUCCGAGCAAACCUCCAUCUUCUUGAUGAUAGCAGUGAGCGUGUGAAGACUCACACAUUUUUUGUAGACUCCAAAAAGGAAGCUCAAAACUUUGAUUUUGCCAAGAAGCUGGAAACUCACCCAUCUCUGUUGGGCCGAGCCUUCAACCGACCAAAACUGGAAACCCUUCACAAGGAAUCCAUCGCUGAUAUUCCAGAGGACGUGAUCAAGGCAACAACGCAUGAAAUGAAAAAGAGCUACCGAGAGCUGACCAAGCGGCUGGAGAGGCAAAAGGAGCUCAAAGUAGUCGAGCAGAAGAUGAUCGUGAAGAAGAAGCUCCUUGACAAAAAGAACCCACCGGUGAAAAAAGUCAGGGAAGGUACGAAGGAUUCCGCUCCAGUCUACUUGUGGAAAAAGGAAAGAAAGCGAUGAGAGCCAAGGACCAGGGUGCAUUCAGCUCAGCGUAAAGCAUCCACGCAAAGAAAGCCACGAGAAAUGGACAAGUCGGGCAAAGCCAGAUUGUCGCUUCUGUCUCUUGUGGUUUCACAACCACUCAACUGACUGCAGGUGUGCAUGUACAGUCAUUUCUUUUGUGAAAUAAAUAUGUUCAUGUUU